UUGUAAACAAAUCACAAAUCAUAAAUAAAUUGUGAAAUUCUUUCUGAAUUGCGUAUACCUCCGGCUCAUGUGCGAAAUCUACAAACGCUGCCCACAACCCGUAGAGAGGAAAUCAAAGAGGCUGCUUACCUGUCUGCUUCUGGAUUGCUGGCAACGAGAAUAUGACCAACGACCGUAUCGAAAUUUCCGUUUUGAUGCUCUGGACUUUGAAGAACGAAUGCAUCGGAAGUUCCAUCCUGUGUAUGAUUUCAUGGUUAUUGUAAGGUUCCUGAAAGAGCGAACGCUGUGCACAGCUCGGCUUACCGGCUUCAAUUUACUACCUUAUGAACAUGAAGUGCUGCAGAGUUUCACCGAAAGUCUUACAAAUCUUCGUCGGAUUGAGUUUCGUUUAAUUUAUUUACCGACGAGGUUUUUUGAGUUGUUGCGCGACAGAGUUGCACUCAUGAGUGUCAAGGAACUGAUAUUGGAAGGGUCUACCCUGACAACACCUGCCAUCGAAGCUCUGCAUGUGUUUAUAACAGAAUCGCAAAUCCUUCGACAUUUGAACGUCUCAAAUUGUAGUGUCUCCCAGUAUGAUUUCCCAUUACUGGCGGACAGUGUACACAAAUCUGUUUCUAUGCGCAGCUUCAUUUGUAACCGUCUCGUGGGCAAACGAAUACCAUUGGACACCACCAAGAUUGCGCAUAUCGUGUCUUCACUUACCUGGCAAAACAAACUGGAAGAACUCGAAAUGCAGAAAUGUGAACUUCAAGCGCGUGAUAUGGAAUUAAUAAGCGAGUACUUAGAAACACCGGCAAGUAAGAUGCGCAAACUAAACUUCGCAUACAAUAUAAUUGGACCCGACGGUGCUGAAUACCUCUUCCGUGCGUUAGUUCUCAGCAACACUUUGACUUCUUUAAAUAUUGGCGGUAAUAAUUUGGGCACACAUGGCGGUCGAACGGUGGCCAAGUAUCUGAGUGCUUGCUACUUCCUCAUACAUCUCAAUAUUACAUGGAAUGGAAUUUGCCCAGAUGCAAUGAAUCUUAUUUUAACGGCUAUUAAGAAGCCUGUUAAACUUCACAGACUUGAAAUAUUUGGCAAUCGAUUCGAUGCCAAGUCAGGUACUAUUUUAAGGCGGCUUCUUGAUGCUCGUGUGCUACCACAGGAGAACAUUGACGUCAUAUCAGUUUACGAUGAGAGCAUAGCUAAAUUUCGUGUGACGCGUUACGAUUAAAAAUUUAUUCUUUAUUUAUUUA